GUAUGCGCCUGAAAGUUGGUUUCGAUUCACCAGAAGAAGAAGAAGAAGAAGAAGAACCGUAAUGUUUGUAGGAAACUGCUGCUCAGAUUAGCUUUCUGUCUCUGUCUCUUGACUGGAUGUUUAGUUCCCAGCUAAGAGCCUCCGCCCGGGAACCUUUCAUAUUGAGGCACAAAAGGCGUGUUUUGGUUCCUUUGCUGGAGUUUGUUAUUAAACGCCAUUAAAGCAACCGAAAGCCAAACACACUGGAGAGGAGAGAGACAGCUUCACAUCGUGGUAACGGUAAACCGGUUAAGCUCGGCUAACGUUAAUUAGCUAGCAGCAGUAGUCGCAGGAUGUCGUACAGGAAAACUUUGAAACUCGUGUUUGGUCUCGCCGGAGGCUCGGCCGUCCUGGUGUUCGCUGCUGCCGCCGCGGACUCCCGCGGAUACCUCGGUGAGCAGCGCGGAGAGGCGGCGGCCGGUCGGUGGUCGAGGUUCACCACGGUUCUUCAAGCUGCGCAGCCGGCGUGGACACCGGCCAGCCACACACCAGCACCCACUGGACACGCCUGGGACUUCAACUGGGACAAGAGAGACCCAGCUGCUCUGACUAAUGGGAAGAAGACUCCAGCUCCAGCUACUGAAGACCCCAGCUCCGAGCAGGACAACGGCAAACCAAAAGCUACACGCAACAUCCUCCUCAUCAGACACUCCCAGUACAACCUGAGUGGGAUCAGCGACAAGGAGAGGAUCCUCACUCCAUUAGGUCGUGAGCAGGCUGAGUUCACGGGCCAGCGGUUGGCAGCUUUGGGGCUCAAGUAUGAUGUUCUGGUCCACUCCAGCAUGGCCAGGGCCACAGAGACGGCAAAUAUCAUCAGCAAACACCUCUCAGGUCCAGGAGUGGAUCUGGUGAGCUGUGAUUUGCUGAGAGAGGGCGCACCUAUCGAGCCGGUUCCACCCGUUACUCACUGGAAGCCCGACGCUGUGCAGUACCACGAAGACGGAGCUCGCAUUGAGGCAGCCUUCCGCCGCUACAUCCACCGGGCCGACGCCAAGCAGAAGGAGGACAGCUUCGAGAUCAUCGUGUGUCAUGCCAAUGUCAUCCGUUAUUUUGUCUGCAGGGCUCUUCAGUUUCCUCCAGAGGGCUGGUUACGUAUGGGCUUGAACAACGGCAGCAUCACGUGGCUCACCAUCCGACCCAGCGGCAGGGUGGCCCUCAGAACUCUGGGAGACUCAGGAUUCAUGCCCCCGGACAAACUAACGCGGACCUGACAGCCCCGACGCAUGGCAAGUUUCUGGGACUCCGAUGCCCAGUGAGUCGGUUGCAGGGUCAAAGCUCAGUUUUCUCCUUAAGUGUCUUGAAAAUUACUUUUGAUGUUAUUAUUUUGUAACUGAACUACCAUCUUGUAAUGAGAGACUCUGUGGUCGCGGUCUGUGCCAUAGAACGCCAGCAGAAGUGAUCAACGGCUGCUCCUGAAUGUAACUGAGGAUUUUUACACAAAGUGACUGAUUUUUAAACCAAAAAAAAAAAAGUUGUAUUUGUAUAGCUGUUGUAAAUGCAGAUCUUUCCCUUGGCGUUACAAACGUGUGAGGAUCAUUGUGUUGUAUGGUGCAGCUGUAGUAAAUAAAAGCCUCAGUUUUUGUCAUAUUUCUUUCCUGAAAUGCAAAAUCAUUGGCCAAUACCGAUGUUUAAAAUAAAAAUUUGGCAGAUAACGAUGUUA